AUAUGAACGUUAGACGAUUAUGCAAAUGAGAAAUGCUGUCAGGUGUCAUGAAGCACUGCAAUGGCACCCCUGUGGCUGCAAGAGGUGUCAGCCUUAUGCCCAAAGGACUGUCUGUGUCCCCCAGACACCCCCAGAUGUGCAACGGGAGUCAGUCUAACAUUGGAUGGCUGUGGAUGCUGUAAAGUUUGUGCACGACAACUCUUUGAAGACUGUAGCAAGACAAGGCCAUGUGACCACGCAAAGGGACUGGAGUGCAACUUUGGAGGGGGAUAUGGCUCUGCUAAGGGCAUCUGUCGAGCCAGAUCAGAUGGAAGAACGUGUGAGUACAACAACAAGAUUUACCAGAACGGGGAAACCUUCCGUCCAAACUGCAAACACCAGUGCACUUGCAUGGACGGUGCUGUUGGAUGCGUCUCCCUCUGCCCACAUGAGCUCACGCUGCCCAAACUGGGCUGUGCCAAGCCCAGGCGGGUCAAGGUACCGGGACAGUGCUGUGAACAACUCAUAUGCCAUGAGGAAGCAAAGACAGAGAGCUCUGUGGUAAAGAAACACAGAAAAAAGCAUAGUAAAGACAAAGACGACCUGACCCACAAGAAUAACUUGGCUCCUGUGUGGACAGGCGAAUCUUUACCUGCUUUCAGGAGUCACCCACUGGGUCACAUGUUGGUCAGAGGAGUCAAGUGUGUGUCUCACACCACAGCUUGGUCACCUUGCUCGAAAUCCUGUGGCACUGGAGUGUCCACCAGGACUAGCAACAGCAACACCAAGUGCAAACUGGUGAAAGAGACUCGGAUCUGUGAAGUCCGCCCGUGCAACAAAAUGACCUUUACAAUAUCAAAGAAAGGUCAGAAAUGCAAACACACAGAAAAGGCCAUCCAUCCAGUUAAACUGUCCCACUCAGGCUGCCGUAGCCUGAAAAAGUUCCAGCCUAGGUACUAUGGGUCCUGCUCAGAUGGGCGAUGCUGCAGGCCUCACCGAACCCAGACGUCACCUGUCCGCUUCCGAUGCACAAAUGGAGAUAUCACAAGCAGGAUGGUGAUGAUGAUUGAGUCUUGCAAGUGUAGCUUUAACUGCUCUGACAAUAAUGAAAAGACAGCUGGCCGCUAUAGACUUUUUAAUGAUAUCCACAAAUUGCAAAUUUAAAGUUCUGAAUUUAAGUGGAAAAGAAGACUUCUUUAAGUGUUGAGUGACCCUGAGGUUGCAGACAUCUGAAGGAUGAAUUUUUUGAACAAUAUUGUUCAUGAUUUUGCUUCAUAACAUUGGAGCCUUGUGGUUUUGCUUCUGUUCGAAGCUUUUUUUAUGACAGUGAUUUUUUUUUUUUUUCUA